AUAAUCUCUUUGUUCGUGACCAUCAUCGGCGACCGCUUGCAGGCCUAACCUCAAGUACGUGUGGCGGGUGUCUGUAGCACUCACAACGGUGUAUUCUUCAAGGACAAAAGAAUGGUUCGAUCGAGACAAGCGCGUGUUGUGGUUCAAGAAGAACACGAUGACACUGACACAGGUGGAGACACGGAACCUGACACCCCGAUACCCUCUCAGAGACAACGCAGCAAAAGACGCAUCAGCGAACGCUUCGAAACAGACGGUAGCUUCGGUGCUGACGGAGGAGGACGUGCCCCUCUGCGUUCUAUGAACAUCAAUGACGACACAGCUGAGAAACGCAGGAGGCGGAAGAGCACCAAGCUGACCGUUAUUGAGAAUGCAGAGGCCGGUCCAUCGACUGAACGGCAGGAACACUCCUCUGAACCCUCUAAGACACCCCAGGCGAAGCAACGUCCGCUGAACUCGGUACUUCCGCCACCAGUUAUCAAUGUCCCACUGGACGUGAUGAAUUCAAACUUUGAGGAGUGGAUGAAGAUGGCUACUGAUAAUAAAAUCAAUGCAACCAAUUCAUGGAAUUUUGCGCUCAUUGACUAUUUUCACGAUAUGUCCCUACUUCGGAACAAUAUCGACAACUCGAUCAACUUCCAACGAGCUUCAUGUACCCUGGACGGGUGCGUGAAGAUCUGGACGAGCCGAGUAGACAGUGUUGGCACAGAGACGGGCAAACUGCUUAGUAACCUAGCUAACGAAAGUGCGGUUGCGGAAGAUGACGAGGGAGCUACGUCAGAUAAUCCUGAUCCCCAGGACCCCUCCCAAGCUCGUAGAAAGAAGAAGGCACAUCGUCCGGAUUCGACUCUUGCGAAGGACGCGUCACAACUCCGAAGCAAGAAGCUAGACCUUGAAUUCAGCGUUGAUCCCCUGUUCCGAAAGACCUGUGCCGACUUCGACGAGGGCGGCGCUCAUGGAUUACUUAUGAACCAUCUUAGUCUUGGGGUGGGUAGUGAGGCCAACAUGCGCGUUGUCUUCGACGCAAGUGAUUCCAUGGGUAGGGUGAUGGAAGAAGAGGAGCAAGAGUUGGAGCCAGAAGACAAGGUAGAUUUGAGCCACUUGCGAAGCGAAUUCUUGCCCGACCUGAAUACCCUCGAGGAGAUGGAGAUAGCCCACUCUCUUGCAGACUUCUCUUUCUCCCAAAGUAACCUCACUUUCGACGACACUACCCUCUAUCGCGAUGAUACUCGAGUAGGAGGUGAUGAUGAUGAUGGUAACGAUGCUGGUUUUGAUGUGUUCGGUGCUGGCGAUACAGCUAUGGACGUUGACGGUGGGGGGCCUCCGCAGACAGAAGAUUUCUUCCAGGGUGACCAAGCCGUUGAUGAUGACUUUUAUGCUGGCGGAGACGAUGGUGAUUACGGACGGGCAGAAAGUGGAUCAGUCGCCACUGAGGGUGAACAAGGUCAGGGCCAAGCAACGCGAUCCGGGCCCUUCGUGCCCUUUGACCCCCGUAGGGUGCCGACUGAACGUGACCUCGUCGUGGCCAUGACGGACGCAGACGGCCAAAGCGACGUGCUGGGUUACUUUGAUCAGAACGUGAUGAAGAAUUGGGCAGGCCCCGAACACUGGAAAGUGAGGAAAGUGAUACGAAAGCCGGAACCCGCUGCGGAGGGCGCGGCUCCCAAGUCCAAGCGGGAGAAAAAGGAAGCGUUUAAGAUUGAUUUCUUAAUUCCACCCGAAAAGGACGUCAAAACGAUGGCGAAGGAGUUGUUUGCUCCAGUCACUCGCGGACACGGCAUCACCCUUCCCCACUACAGCGCCCUGAAAUCGGCAGGAAAGAAGAGUAACCGCAGUAAGAGGAUGAAGGAAGAGAAGAGGAACGAGCAUACACUCCCUGAUGAUAUGCACUUCUCCAGCAGACAGCUAGUAACCCUAUUCUUGAAACCCAAGUUCUCCUUGAAAAUGCGUGGUCAAAGAGUCCGCUUUAAUGAAACUGGCGACGGCGAAGUCGACGAGAACUUCUGGGCACAGGCCGCAGCAGAUCAAGCAGCAGGUCUUCUUGCCCAAGAUGGUGAUGAAAGCGGCGAAGCUCCCGCGCCGUUCAAUACCCAAUUCUUCAAUGACGAUGACGAUGCCCCAGCUUUCGACGAUAUUUACGACGGUGAUGGUAGUAUGCCCGAUGAUGCAGGCGAACAAGACCUCCUGGCCGCGACACAGGGCAUGAGUCGUCGAGUACGACCAGAGUUCGUCAACUACGCUCGACGAGCUAAGCGAGUAGACGUCCGCAAACUUAAGGAAAAUAUCUGGAAAGGACUUGACAUUAAAGUGGCACAGAAAAAUGAAGAGGACGAGGAAGAUGAAAUGGAUGUCGACCAUCCACAAUUAACUGAUCCCUCCGAGGCACGGGACUUCAGUUCGGUCAUAUCUGGUUUACAACGGUCAUAUCCCAAGGACAAAAUGGAAGAUAUCAGCACAAGUUUCUGCUUCAUUUGUUUGCUCCAUCUGGCCAAUGAGCAGGGCUUGAAACUACAAUCAACAGGCGGUCCCGGGAAAGAUGAUCAGGAGGAAAACCAAGAGACGACUUCGCCGUCACAACUUUCCGACAGAGUCGGAGAUAUUUGGUGUUUAAAGGUCUCCAGGGAUCCAAAUGCCACACCAGCUGCAUAGCGAUAACUUAUACGUAUUCUAGUCUCCGUCUAGUUAUGCAUUUCUUUGUAUCUCGAGUAAUGUGUUCCCGCCUUUAUACUUCUCUAUCUGUAGUCACCCUACAUAGCGUGCUGUAUGAUGGUCUCCUGAUCACCUCCGGCGUUG